AUGAUGAUGUGUUCAGAAACACCCAACCAGAAGAACUCUCUCUUCAACGCCAUGAACCGCUUCAUCGGCGCGGUCAACAACAUGGAUCAGACCGUCAUGGUGCCCAGUAUGCUGCGGGACGUCCCGCUGGAUGAGGACAGGGAGCUGAGUUCCAUGAAAUCAGACCUGGACGAGGGGGACAUGUACAGCUACUACGAGCUGCUCAAGUCCAUCCGCACGAACAUCGAGUGGGGGGUCAGGUGCGCUGCAGCCGACGAGAGACGGAAAGAGAGCAUGAAAUUCACCCGUGUGCACUCGUCCGCAUCCAUCUCUUCUUCAGCAUCGUCAUCAUCAUCCGAGGAGGAAGACGAGGAGGGUGAGGAUUUGGAGAAGCAGUUCCAGUUCCACCUUACCGGACUCCAAGGGGUCCUGGGCAAGCUCACACUGCAGGCCAACUCUCUUACCAAGCGCUACAAGCAGGAGAUUGGUAUCGGAGGAUGGGGCCAGUAAGCCUGCAACACAUUGAAACGGGAGGCAAAUGAUGUGGCUGAUUUAACUGAACUAUCAAUAUUCUCUAUUGCUGCUGCUGCUGCUGUUACUACUGAUGAAAUUGAAUGGCAAACAUGUGGAUGGUAGUGGAAGGAGCAGCUGUUUUUUUCUGUGUAUAGGCCUACAUGGUUUCGGUCUACUCUGUGGUAUUAACUGUAUGUGUUGAUCCUGAAGAAAGCAUCUGUGUACUUAACAACAAACUUCGGUUUUUGCUCCAAAGUGUUGUACAUAUCAUGUAUUCAGUGACACGCAGGUGAAAUAUAUUUAAACUUUUAUUUAAUGUAUAAUUUAUUACCUCACUCUGUAUGUUUGAGAGCCUAAUGUUAUUUCAAAGUUGGAGAAGUGGACCGCAUGAACUACACGGCCUGUUGUCUGAACCACCCCUCUGACGGGGAAUACUGACAAAAGAUUUAGCUUUCUCUUUGUGAAGCUGAUGAUGUCAGUGUGUCCAGAUGGAUCUGUCUGUGUAUGACCACGCUACUUCUAGUCUGAUGUGUCUGUGUCUUUAAAUUGUGCUUAAAGGAAGAAGGCAGAUGCUUACUCAUAGCUGCCAGUGAUCUCCUUAUGUCCUACAUGGUCAAUGAACUGGAAUCAACUGAUAAUUCUUCUGCAUAAAGAAUAAUGAGAGGUUUUUUCCACAAGAUGCAUUGUUGUCAUUGUCAUUUAUUUGCUAUUGUAAAGGCAUUAUUGGAGAUGUCCAUCUGUCAAAACAAGCAAAUGCUUUUGUACGUAGCUCCUGCAACAUUUUUGUACUGAAAAUAAACUUUUUUAUGAACUGA